GUCCAGACUUUUCUGUGAGUAAUAUCCAUCACUGAACAGAAAAUUUCUUCCCUUAAAGACAAAGUAAGUAAGAGAUACAAAGGAAAGGAUAACAUGAAAAAAUUUCGGCCUUUCCCAUCCAAAUUCAUCUUCAAAUUAUGUUUUAUUCUUGUUCUUGUAUGUCCGGCGAUGGUCUCUGGUGACGGUGACUGCGGGUGCCAACUGGACGAGUCCACCGAUGGAAGCAGAGCGGAGACACGAAGAUACAAAGUGGGUGCCAUAGUAGCUAUUCUUGCCGCAGGCGCAAUAGGGGUGUGCCUACCUUUGCUGGGGCGGAGCAUCCAGGCUCUGCGGCCGGAGAACGAUAUAUUCUUCAUUAUCAAGGCGUUUGCGGCUGGAGUUAUCCUCUGUACGGGAUUCAUUCACAUACUUCCUGAUGCGUUUGAGAAUUUGACUUCGCCCUGCCUCAAGUCAAGCGUGUGGUCGGAUUUUCCGUUCACUGGUUUUAUCGCCAUGAUGUCGGCGAUAGGAACGUUGAUGAUCGAUUCAUUUGCGACGGGGUUUUACCAUCGGAUUCACUUCGAUCUAGAACAGGGAGCUCGAGAUGACCAUGCUGACCAUGUACAUGUGCAUACCCAUGCCACUCAUGGCCAUGCUCAUGGAUCUGCCACCCCAUCCACAGAUGGGAGUACGUCGGAACUAAUACGAUACCGUGUCAUAUCCCAAGUUUUGGAGCUUGGAAUUGUGGUUCAUUCAGUGAUUAUUGGGGUAUCUUUAGGUGCUUCUUCCAGUCUUAAAGACAUAAAGCCUUUGAUUGGAGCACUGUCUUUUCAUCAGUUCUUUGAGGGCAUGGGACUUGGUGGCUGCAUUGCUCAGGUAUCAUCAAUCUUAUCAUUUCAUAAAAGUACUGUGUUUUAUGCUGUUUUAGAGAUUAGACAGUUAAUAGCCCUCACCUUUUUUUGCACACUGUAUAACCUCGAAUGCUUUAUGUUGAACUUGAACCUGCAACAAUUAGGUUAAACCCCAAAAUUUGGUCCUCAACUUAAAAAAUCUUUAGUCGCUAA